GCAAAAGGAAAGUUGGGUGGGAAGCCCGUGAAGCCGCCCAAGCGGCCUGCACCCCCCCUUCUUCUUCAGAAGAUGAAGAUGAGGAGAUGGUGCUUAUUAGAGGCCUAGUGCAAAGGAUGGAGGCCCUGGAAAGAGCCAAGGCUGCUCCUCCUGACAAGGAAGCUGGGCCUUCGGGUGUGCCUAAACUGGUGCCCAAGCGUACAAGGGUGGCAGCUAGGACGCAGUUAUUAAGAUCUCUUUCUGAUAGGCUGAGCGUGCUUGAGCAAGGCGUAGUUCCUGCUGGCCCAGUUGCUCCUGAAGCUCCUGUUGUCCCUGCACCUGUUCCUGGAGUUCCGGAGCUGGUGGCUCCCAUUGAUCCUGAACCUGCGUUGCCGGCUGGUCCCAGCCCAGGGGACCCGUCCGUCCCUGUGGUCCAGGGGACUAUGAGAACAACCACAUCAAUUGGCCCUGAGCUCCAAAUCUUCUUCAUUUUACUGACUGUUUUUGUGGCAGGAUGGCAUGAUUUGGAUAACUCUGAUUAUGACUGCUGGCCCCUGGAGAAACCAGAUGAGUACAACAUGCUGGACUGUGGCGGCCUAGAGAUGACUUGGGUCCAGAGACCUCCAGAAAAGAUCAUAAGUGGGGAGUCCUUUGAUGUGAUCUAUGGAGUCUUUGCUUCAGAUUACUUUUACCAGUAUGCUGUGGAAAAUGGAAUCCUCUCCUAUAGUGAUGCAGCGGCUGCUAAGAAGUUCUGUGAGGAACAGGAAUGCCCUCCCAAUUGGAAGGAUGCAAAUGGAGAGAACUGCUGUGUCCAUCAUGCAAACAUUCAUUCCUGUCCUUUGGCCUUCAUGGGGAAAGGUGGAAUUUGUGGACCGUGGAUUCCAGAUGAUGGCCAAAUAUUUACUCACACCAUGUCUACUGCAGGCAAAAUGACACAGACCAACUGGACCGCCAAGGUAGUUCUGGUGCAUGUGGGUGUGACUUCUCUCAUCGCACACAUCAGAGUUGGAAGAAUGCAAGCAGCUUUGGAAGCCCAAACUAUGGUUCUCCCUGCAGUAGUCUGUGGGGAUGAUGUUUGCGAAGAGGAAGAGGGCUGUUCCACAUGUCCCGCUGACUGUGGUGAAUGUCCAUUGACAGCCGAUGUCAGGAUAGCAAUUGCCUUACCAGUAUGUUUAGUCUGUACUGGUUUUAUUCUGACAGUCAUGUGGUUCCAGUAUCAAAAGCAAAAAAUGUUUUGGGAUGAAAGCUGGAUUAUAGACUUCAACUGCAUCAAACAAGAUUGCAUCAGAAGGACCACAAUGGGGAGUGCCUUGAGUGUGCCACAUGCACCCAGUGCUUCCAACACCAGCUGUGUCACAGCACUGAGCUCCUGUACAGCCGCUGCCAAUGCACCCAAGAUGAACUACUUCACACAGACUGGGAUAUAUGAUGGCAGAACAGUUGCCAUCAAGAAAAUAAUGAACAAGACAUUUACCCUGACCAAGACCAUACGUACGGAAGUCAAGCAAGUCAGAGAACUAGACCACCCAAACCUCUGCAAAUUCAUUGGAGGCUGUACUGAGGUACCAAAUACUGCCAUAAUAACUGAAUACUGCCCUAAAGGAAGUUUGAGUGAUGUGCUGCUCAAUGAAGACAUCCCUUUAAACUGGGGCUUCAGGUUUUCUUUUGCCACUGACAUUGUCCAGGGAAUGGCAUAUCUUCACCAGCAUAGAAUUUAUCAUGGGCGGUUAAAGUCCACUAACUGUGUCAUUGAUGACCGCUGGGUUUGUAAGAUUUCAGAUUAUGGCUUACAGUCCUACAGAAAAGAAGAUUCCUUGUCAGCUUUCAAUUCUUCUCAUCAGCAUUUCACACAGAUGUAUCUGGCUCCUGAGGCUCACUCCAUACCAAACUUUGAACCAACUCCAGCUGCAGAUGUAUACAGCUAUGCCAUCAUUUUAUUAGAAAUUGCAACCCGAAGUGACCCUACUCCGAAAGAUGAUACACAUUCAGAAGAACAUUCUUGGUGCCCACCUUUGGCAGAAUUAAUAUCAGAAAAAUCUGAGAAUGCCUGUCCAUGCCCUACAGAAUAUGUGGAGUUGAUCCGGAAGUGCAAGAAAAGCAAUCCAGCACAGAGGCUUACCUUUGAGCAAAUCAAGAAGUUGUUGCAUAAGAUGAAUCCAAACAAAGUUAGCCCAGUUGACAUGAUGAUGACUUUGAUGGAGAAAUACAGCAAACACUUGGAAGUGCUAGUAGCAGAAAGGACCCAGGACUUGAUGUAUGAAAAACAGAAGACAGACCGCUUGUUGUAUAGCAUGUUGCCAAAACAGGUAGCUGAUGAUUUAAGGCAAGGGAAGCCAUCACAGGCCCAAAGUUACAUAACCUCCACUGUCUUUUUCAGUGACAUUGUUGGCUUCACCCAGCUCUCCAGCACCAGUACACCUUACCAAGUGGUGGACCUCCUAAACAAACUCUACACCACCUUUGAUGAAAUCAUAGACAAUUACGACGUCUACAAGGUGGAAACUAUAGGAGAUGCCUACAUGGUUGUAUCAGGAGUACCUCAAGAGAAUGGCAUCUGUCAUGCUGGUGAAAUUGCAAGUAUGGCUGUCGAUCUUGUCUCAGUGUGCAAAACAUUCAGGAUUCCCCAUAAGCCCAACACCCAGCUAAAGAUUCGAGCUGGAAUCCACUCAGGGCCAGUUGUGGCUGGAGUUGUGGGAACGAAAAUGCCUCGGUAUUGCUUAUUUGGAGAUACUGUCAACACAGCUUCUAGGAUGGAGUCUACCAGUGAAGCUCUUAAAAUACAGUGCAGCUCAAACACAUACCAGCUGUUGGAACAGAUUGGAGAAUACAUAUUGGUGUGCCGGGGGAAUCUGCAAGUCAAGGGGAAAGGCGACAUGAUAACGUAUUGGCUGGAAGGGAAGAAGGCUGGUGCAAUUCAGAAGAAAGCUCUAAGCAUUUCUGCAGCCCCUCAAACUCCUAACCAAAGUGCUUUCAAUUUCAAUAUGAUCCCUGGAGUUAUGUAGAAUGACCCACUUGCAAACCCACCUUUACAAAGGAUGGAGAGCAACAAACCAGAACGAAGGUAGCUUCAAAAAAUAAACAUAUGUGCCGUUAACUUGCAGCCCCACUAAUGAAUCAACUAAAACUUCAUUUGACUAUGCUACCAAUUAAAGCUUGCAGCCCUGGGAUUAAUCUAUUCCAGUCUGUCAACAUUUAAAGAGGGAGAAAAUCUGGAGAACACCUUUUGAAAUUUGGAAAUGGGCACUUUUAUCAAGAAACUGCCACCCAAGGCAGUCUGUUCGAGGCCAGUUUCGGAUAAAGCAGGUACUGCAUAAGAAACAGCUUACAAUGGAAUCAAAGAUGGUGUACUUCUUCAGCUCUGUUUUGCUGAGAAACCUUGAACACUGAAAGGUUUCUCAGUUCAAAACGAUCAUCUGAUACAGAGACUCUACUAAAAAAGCAAACAAUAUAAACCAGGUGGGUAAGAAAAGAAGUAGGAAGAAUAGGAAAGCUGUUAGUGCCUUUGGAUUCGUCAGUAUCCCCAUAAACCUUCUUUGUGGUGCCUGUUAGAUGCACCUUGGUGAUGUUGUGUCCCAUUUGCCACGUAAGUGCACAAUACUGCUUUCCCCGAGAACCUCAAAAGCCCUCUGAGUCAUCAUGGAAUAUAGGACACUGGCUGUGCAGUCUCCUUUCUGAAGCAAAGUAUUGUUGCUUCUCUCAAGGACUCUUCCGUUCAUAAAUAGUUGCUGCUGCUUUUCACUUUCAUUCAGAAGUGCUUAUUAUGAUGGAUAAUCUCUCAUGUUACAGAACUGUGUAUCAAAGAUAGGGAUGUGCAUGAAUCGAGAUUUGUGCACAGAUUUGAAGCAUAGCUUCGGCACCUUUAAAAGUGAGAGCAGGUCCAUACCUAUUCCUCUCCUCUGCCGUUCCACGGAGCUUUCUGCUAUGGCAGUGUACCCCACAGCACCCCUGGCACAGUGGCAGCACACACAUGGCCUCGGCACAUCUGUGGUGGCCAUUUGCAUGGUUGCUUACCAUGCAACGGCUGCCACAUAUGCGUGGAGGCCAUGUGCAUGCUGCUGCCAUGCAAGGGGUGCUGGGGUCAUGCUGCCACAGCAGGAAGCUGCAUGGCGGAGGAGCAGGUACAGACCUGUUUUCACUUUUAAAGGUGCCAAAGCUGUGCUUCGAAUCUAUGCACAUAUCUCGAUUCAUGCACAUCCUGUGUUCCAAGUGACAAUGUCUGGGAGAAAAGUGCUGGAAAAUAUUUUAUUGUUUCCUGGAAUGUGACAAUGCAUAACUAGGAUGUGAGAUAUAUUUGGGUUAGCAAAAUGUAUCCUAUACAGAGGUUGCUCUAUCACAAAUUCCCUCUGUGAAUUUGUGUAAUUCUGUGGUGGUGUUUUUAAAACCAUCUAAGUGAGUAGACAAUACCACACCUUGUAGUAGUGAAUUCCAUACAUUCAUUAUGUGCUUUGUGAAGAACUUGAUGGUCUUGAAUUAACAAAGCAACAUUUCACUCAAGACAAAAAACCAUUUCUUAAAUCAUACACUAAAGUAGCACCAACAACCAGUCAGCCUACAUAAUGGGGAUAAGUUGUUAUACUGUAGUUCACCUAUCUGUAAGAUAGUUAAGUAAGAUAGAUCUGUAAGAUCACAGGCUAUAACGUGGUGAGGACAGAAAUAUUUUUUCUUUAAAAAAACCACAAAAAACAUUCACCAAUAUUAAAUAUUCACCAAACUGUGAGGCAACUGCUUAUAUUCUCUUUAUUUCCCUUCCAAUCCCUUUCCUUCCCAGUUUUUAAAAGUGGCUUUUAUUAUUAUAUGGCUUAUUGUUUAGGUAAGUCCUGUACUUUAUUGUCUGUAACACAUAUUGAGUGCCACCUGGCAGGGAAGCACAACAUGGUUCUUGGUUUUUUAAAUUGUUGAUGUAAAAUUAUUUUGAUUUUUAUUAUUAACAUCCAAUCAAAGUCGGACACUUUUAAGCCUUAUUUAUAUCAAUGGGAGAGUUAAGAUGUGCAGUUUCUCUUCCACUGAAAUGAAUGGAUCUUUAAAAUACACUCUUUGUUGUUGCUAUUAUUAUAAGCUUUUAUUUCUAUAUAUUUGAGACUAAUUGUAAGAGAUGCCUUUGUAUGACAGAUUUGUGUACUGUAUAUUAUGUUUCACACUCAUUUUUCAGAUUUUUUUUUAAAAUGUAAAACUGAAAAAAUGCAUGACAACUUUGGGAGACAAUGAAUUGUAUAUGUCAUCAUCUGUACAGGGGGGAAACUGAAUUUGUAUGAUCUUCUUUCAUGUUAGUUUUAGUUUCUGAGAAUGAAACAUAUUAAAAUUAAUGUUAUAUGUA